AUGCGACACUGGGAGGUUGCCAUACGGCAGUACUCGGAAGCUAUCAAUGCGCUCGUUCACAUGGACAACCAGGAUCAGAGGUCGAACCGAGGACGUCUCAUGGCCAGCGUUCUCCUCGCUUGUUUUGAUUCCUUUGUUGGUGACCACAAGCAAGCCAUCGUGCAAAUCCAGAACGGCCUGGGCUUGUUGGAGAAGCUCCGGGCAGAGCGAAGGCAGUCCUUCUACGUUGGAUCCGAAGAACCUGUGGAACAAGAGCUCAUCACCAUGUUUACGCGACUCGCGAUUCAAGCCAAGUCUUACGACAUGGCAUUUCACUUCCCGCAGCCGUACGUCAUUCGCCUGACGCCGCAGUCAUCGGACCCGUCAUCGUCGCCGCCGUCUGAUGCGGGAAGCUCACCAUCAUCCCUGAACCCUUCGGAUAUCCCUGAUCGCUUUUUCACCUUGAUGGAAGCACGGCUGACAUACGACAAGCUUCUCGAGAAGAUGUUGCGGUUCACAGAGACGCUGUUCAGCUACUCACAAGCCAGCGGAGCCAACAAUCCAAUGGGCAUCCUUCCGAAAUCUCUCCAGCAGUAUGGCCUGAGCUUCAAGGGUCAGCUGGACGCUUGGGCCGUGGCAUUUGAGCCCAUCCUGCAGUCUCGCACGGCGCCGAGCGUCACACAUCAGGAAAAGGCUGGCAUUGCGGUGCUCAAAAUGUUCCACAUUAUGAGCCAGAUUCUGUACCUCAUGACGUUCAGCGACAAUGAGUCGCAAUUCGACAUGUUUCAGACGCAGUUCAAGACGAUAGUCGACCUCGCGCUGGAGGUGGCCAUCCAGUUGUUGCGCAGCAGCGCGCGGCGAGAGGGCAUGUGGGACAGCGAGCUGACGGCACGGAUCGGGCACUGGGUCACGGCGAUUGAGGAGGAGCCGGACGUGUUGGCUGCAGCGAACGGUUGGGGCGUGCCACAGCCAAGCGUGCCCACGCGGCACGGAUCGCUCGAGUUUGGGGCCGACGUGCCGCUGGGCCCCGGUGGCAACGCGCGAUGGGACACGCCCCAAAGCCACAGACAUAACAGCAGCCCCGGUCUCAGCAGGGCGACGCCAGGUCCGGUGCCUGAGGACAAGCGCGUCAUGGUGAGGGCCGUCGACUUUGACCUGCGGGCUCGAUUCGCUCGACUGCAGGUGGGCACGCGGGGCAUCGUGCCAGGGGCACCUGAUAUGCGGUCGAGAGUGACGCAGAUUCACUGCGGUUCGACGGAUCACGCCGCAGCGCUGCGUGAGAGAUCAAGCCGAGGGAGCGGACCGAGGAAGGGGUGGGGGACUGACUUUUCAUCAAAGCAUGUUUUGGAGUUUGCUGGGAAAGAAGAAUAUGGCGAUGAUGCGCGAGCAUGCAGGAUGUACCUACGGACAGCCAUGGCUGUGCAUGCGAGGGACAUGAUGACCAUGAUCAAGCUGGAGCUCGGAGCUCCUGAAGACGCCUGA